AUGUCCACUUUUCGUUUCGCUCGUUGUUUUGCUACACGUGCAAGAGCACCAAGGACUUCAGCGUUUGCCUUCAGUUCAUUGACGCCAGUUUCUACUGUUUCUGUAUCUUUACGUAAUCGAAUUUUCCCUUCGGUUUCUCGUAAUUAUACUGCUCAAACCUCCGAAAAAAAGGGCGGAAGUAGUGCUAUAUUAUGGAUUGGUGCUGGCCUUAUUGCAGCAGGAGCUGGCUAUUACUAUUUCGCUAAUCCUGAAUUAGGAGCAAAAAAUAUUGUCCCUACAAAUAAAGAACCUGAUUAUCAAAAAAUUUAUGAUCAAAUUGCUGAUGUUCUUGAAGAUAAUGACUGGGAUGAUGGGUCAUGGGGUCCAGUUUUCGUUCGUUUAGCAUGGCAUGCUGCCGGUACUUAUGACAAAAAUACAAAAACUGGUGGUAGUAACGGUGCUACCAUGAGAUUCUCUCCAGAAUCUGAUCAUGGUGCAAAUGCUGGCUUAAAAGCUGCGAGAGAAAAAUUGGAAUCUAUUAAAAAAAAAAAUCCUGAAAUAUCAUAUUCAGAUUUAUGGAGUUUAGCGGCUGGAGGGCCUAAAAUUCCAUGGAUACCUGGCCGUAAGGAUGAUGAAGCCGCUGCUUGUACACCGGAUGGCCGUCUUCCUGAUGCGUCUAAAGGGUCUUCUCAUCUUCGAGACAUUUUCUAUCGUAUGGGAUUCGAUGAUCGAGAAAUUGUCGUACUUGCUGGUGCGCACGCCCUUGGAAGAUGUCAUCCAGAUCGAUCAGGUUUUGAUGGACCAUGGACUUCGAGUCCCACAAUGUUCACCAAUGGAUUUUACCAAGAACUUUUAGGAAAGAAGUGGGUAGAAAAAAAAUGGAAAGGGCCAAAACAAUUUGUUGAUAAGGAAACAGGUGAACUUAUGAUGCUUCCCGCAGACCUCUCCUUAAUUCAGGAUAAAGCUUUUAAGCCACACGUAGAAAAAUAUGCAAAAGAUGAGGAAUUGUUUUUCAAAGAUUUUGCUGCAGUAUUUCAUAAACUUGAAGAACUUGGUGUACCAAGAACUGGUGAUGAAAAAGUUUAUUAUUUUAAGACCAAAGAUUAA